UACGCGGAUACGCACAGUGCUCGCCCGGCUGGCUGUGUGGCAUGGCUCAUUGCCUUGGCUGCCACGUAGUUUUUGCAUUUUAAUUGCCAGGAGACCAAAGAGCCUCUACUGACACCUGAGUGAAUGGAACCCAGUCGUGGAACCCUUGUGGCGAGAAGAAUGCUUCAGGCAAUUCGGUACCAGGCAGGCACGCUGGAGAUUCUCGACCAGCUGCGGCUGCCCCAUGAAAGCUGCUACCUAACGCUGCCCGAUGCUGGCGCUGCCUGGGAAGCCAUCCAUUCUAUGAAGGUGCGAGGUGCACCUGCCAUAGCCAUGGUGGCAGCUCUCGGUUUGGCUUCAGAGCUGACACGAGUCAAGCUGCCUGCGAGCCGUCUGGAGCUCGCUGCCUACAUACACAGCCGGCUGGAGUACCUCAAAACAUCACGCCCUACGGCUGUCAACCUGGCAAAUAUGGCUGCCCACUUUGGAAAGAUGGCCGAUACACUCAGCAAGGAAGAAGGGCUGUCUCUGGAAGCCAUGCGCUAAUGCCUGCACCGCAUCUGCGCUGAGGCAGAAGGCAUGCUGGCUACAGAUGUGGCUGCAAAUCGGGCCAUUGGCCGACAUGGGGCCGAACAUAUGGUGGCAAACUGCCAAGUACCAAAUGUUAGCAAGCUUGGUGUCCUCACUCACUGCAACACGGGCAGUCUGGCCACAGCAGGCUACGGAACUGCACUUGGUGUUGUGCGGCAGCUGUACGAGAGUGGUCAGUUGGAACGUGCAUACUGCACAGAGACACGCCCGUACAACCAGGGCUCCCGCCUGACGGCCUUUGAGCUGCUGCACGACCACAUUCCAGCCACACUCAUCUGUGACAGCAUGGCUGCUGCCCUGAUGGCCACAGGAAGGGUCAAUGCGGUCGUGGUUGGUGCGGACCGGGUCACCGCCAAUGGCGACACAGCCAACAAGAUCGGCACUUACCAGCUGGCUAUCUGUGCCAAGCAUCAUGGUGUGCCAUUUUAUGUGGCCUCGCCUACCACCACUGUGGACAGCAGUCGAGCAACCGGUAGGGAAAUCCCCAUCGAGGAGAGGCCAGCACAGGAGAUGACGUCUAUACAGGGCAUCCAACUGGCACCUGCAGGCAUUGAGUGCUGGAACCCAGCGUUCGACGUCACCCCAGCCGAGCUCAUCACAGGAGGCAUCAUCACCGAGAAGGGCGUCUUCCCAGCAUCGCGGGUGCUUGACAGUCUCGGCGCCUGAAGCGUCUUGGGCACAAUAUGCUUGCUGGUGCCGUCUUGGAUCGAUGCCCUUAAGCCUGUUGCACUUGCAGGCUUGAAAAUAUAAAUGUGGCCAGCUCGUUGGUGCAUUGUUAAAAUGCUCGCAGAAAAAUAAACACAUCUCAAGGAGCAUUGUACCGUCCCA